UGACGACGUUCGGGCACUUUUCCCUCCUCGUUGACAAAGCUGAGCGUUGGAUGUCGAACUAACGGCUCUUCAUCGCUGAACUCUUCGUAUUCUGUAGGUUCACCGCAGACAAACGGACGGCCGUCACUGAGCUGUUACCGAAGACUUAUGCUGUCCUGCUAGCAGGGCAAGAUGUUCAACAAAUCAUUUGGGACUCCUUUUGGUGGAGGGACGGGAGGAUUUGGCACCUCAUCAACCUUUGGUCAGCAAAACACUGGUUUUGGGGCGGCAGGAGGCUUCGGGGCAUCUGCGUUCGGGACAACGACAAACACCGGAGGACUGUUUGGAUCCACACAGAAUAAACCAGGUGGACUCUUUGGAUCCAGCACGUUCAGCCAGCCAGCAACUUCGUCCACCAGCACCGGCUUCGGUUUUGGCACGGCGAGCGGUACUUCCACCAGCCUGUUUGGCAACACUGGGACAGGAACCACCGGCGGACUCUUCUCACAGCAGAGCAAUGCUUUCGGCACCAACAAACCCAACUCUUUUGGAAGCUUUGGGACAAGCACCAGCAGCGGCGGCCUCUUCGGUUCGACCAACACCACCUCCAACCCGUUCGGCGGGACUACGUCCCUGUUUGGAGGUUCAGGGUUCUCCGCUGCUCAGCAGCCAGGAACGACCGUGAAGUUCAACCCUCCAACAGGAAGUGACACAAUGGUGAAAGCAGGUGUAACCACAAGCAUCAACACGAAGCACCAGUGCAUCACAGCAAUGAAGGAGUAUGAGAACAAAUCUCUGGAGGAGUUGAGGCUGGAGGACUACCAGGCAGGCAGGAAGGGUCCGGCCAACCCAAUGGCAGCGGGAACUGGGAGUCUUUUUGCUCAGGCCACAGCCACCUCCAGCGCCACCACCGGCCUCUUUGGCUCCACAGCCCCCAACCCCAGCUUCUCCUUCGGUCCGAACAAGAGCACCUUUGGAGCGCCAACUACCGGUGCUUUUGGUGCAACCACGGGUGGCCUGUUCAGUCAGCAGAACCAGCAACAGGCCGGCAGCCUCUUCAAGCCGUUCGGUCAGACCACCACCACCCAGAGCACCGGCUUCUCCUUCGGCAGCACCAACACGAUGGGACAGGCCAACACCAGCAGCAUGGGUUUGUUUGGGAACACGGCGGCGUCUCAGUCGGGCAGCUUGUUCGGCUCGGCUCAGACCAGCACCGCCACUGGUUUCGGGACAGCCUCCGGCCUGUUUGGCCAACCCAACACUGGAUUUGGAAACGUCGGCACACAGCAGAGUCUAUUUGGUCCUAAGACGACCGGGUUUGGUACCACCACCACCAGCGCCCCAUCCUUUGGUGCUACCACUAGCCUCUUUGGGAGUAAGCCUACCCUCACACUGGGAACCGCACCUAACACCUCCACGUUUGGUUUUGGUGGAAACCCUGCUGGAGUAGGACUUUUUGGGAAGUCCACCACUGGAGGACUGGGGCCUGGGCUGGGAACCAGCUUUGGAACAGUUGGCACUGGGCAGACUCUGUUUGGCAAUAACCAGAACAAACUGGGCACCACACUGGGAACGAUGGGAACGUUUGGAACAGCCGGAUUCAACAGCGGAACGAGUGCUCUGGGCUUCGGAGCUCCACAGCAACCUGUCGCCCUCACAGAUCCGAGCGCAGCGGCUACCCAGCAGGCCAUGCUUCAGCAGCAGCUCAGCGUCCUGGCGUACUCGCCGUACGGAGAUUCACCACUGUUCAGAAAUCCGCUGUCAGACCCCAAGAAGAAGGAGGAGCGUCUGAAACCAACCAAUCCGACUGCCCAGAAGGCUCUGACCACUCCCACUCACUACAAGCUGACUCCGCGACCUGCGACCAGAGUGCGGCCUAAAGCUCUGACAUCUUCAGGGGCCUCAAAGUCGCAGCUUUUUGAUGGCCUGGAUGAUGAUGAGCCGUCACUCACCAACGGAGCCUUCGUGCCGAGGAAGAGCAUCAAGAAACUUGUUCUGAAGAACCUGAACAGCAGUCAGUACAGCAGCCCGCUGAACAAGGACAGUGACGACCUCGCUUCGCCAUCAGAGUACCCACAGAACGGACACAGCCAUAUGGAGGAGGAAGAGGAGCAGCUGAGGGAGGUCCCGGGUCCCAGCAGCCAGGUCGACGAUGACCCCGAGGUCACCCAGUUUUAUGUCAACCCCAUUGCUAAGCCAAUCCCACAGGGCCGUGCCCAGACCAGCCUGCAGGACACCAUCAGUGACCUGAACAUGCACAAAGCUUCAAGGAACGGCCUCGAGCUGAGCAACGAUGACGUGUCGGCGUCUUUUGGCGAGGAGUCUCUGCAGGAGGAGAGAGAGGAGGAGCAGCAGGUGUCCCAGCAGUCUCCUCACCCCGCAGGCAUCGUUCUGACCCGUGUGGGUUAUUACACCAUCCCCUCCAUGGACGAGCUGGCUGAGAUGAUGGAUGAAAAUGGAGACUGCAUCGUGGAGAACUUCACCAUCGGCAGGAAAGGUUAUGGCUCAGUCUUCUUCCCCGGCGAGGUGAACGUGGCGGGCAUGAAUCUCGACGAAAUCGUCCACUUCAGACGCAAAGAGGUCAUCGUGUACCCAGACGACAAAAACAAGCCGCCGGAGGGGGAGGGGCUUAACAGGCGGGCGGAGGUAACUCUGGACGGCGUUUGGCCAAACGACAAGACGACCUGCACCCAGAUCAGGAGCCCCGAGCGCCUGAACGACAUGAACUACGAGGGUCGGCUGGAGAAAGCUUCACGCAAACAGGGAGCCCGCUUCCUGGAGUACAGACCUGAGACCGGGUCCUGGGUGUUUGAGGUGGCUCACUUCUCCAAAUAUGGCCUCCAGGACUCUGAUGAAGAUGAGGACGUCCCGCCUAAAACUGACCCCAAGAAGCUGAAGACGUUGACCGUGCCUCCUCCCUCCAGGCUGCAGCAGCAACAGCUUCCUCUCUCUCAGCAGCAGGUGGCGCCACAGGCUCAGUCCACCGUUGUGGAGCCUCAGGGCAGUGCUGUGGAGCUGGACAGCGACAUGGCCGACAUCACCCAGAGCUUCCCGACAGAGAGCAUGCUGGGAGGAGAGGACGAUGGCGGCCUGUUUGCAGGGGAGAUGGACACAACAAGCUCCAAGCUCGGGGGUUUGAUCUCUUCUGAGCUCGACGGCGUCUCUGGUUCCAGCCACAUCGUGUCCACGCUGGGGAUCAACCCGCACACCCUCCAGAUCAUGAAGGCAUCUCUGUUUGAUGAGGAUGAGAGCGACAUGUUCCACGAUCAGGGAGCGAUGAAGGUUUCUACCGACAUCGCGUCCCCUCGCCUCGUCCUGCCGGGAGCUCAGGGCCGACCCUCCGUCGGCGGUCUCCUUCAGGCUCGAUUCACCUCCGGGCUGCUCUCUCAGCUCUCAGACUCUCCCCGCCCCCUUCUUCCUCCGUCCCGGUCAUCUCCGGCCGUUGUCGAACCCUCCCGCUCUUUGCAGUGGGUGGGGCCGGGUCCCUCCCCCUUCGUGCUCCCUUCCCGAACUCCAGAACCUUCGAUCAGGACGGUCGGUGUUCGGCGGCUCGGUGGCCCCGUUCCCCUGAAAGAGUCCAUCACUCAUGGGAAGGGAGGCUUGCUGAUGGACACCGGGCUGUUCGCCGUGCGGUCCUUCCGGGUCGGGUGGGGUCCCGGCUGGACGCUCGCACACUGCGGGAGCCCGCUGAGCUCGCCGACAUCCAAACAGCUCGAACACCAAGAACUGACAACCAAGACCGACUUCAGCUUCCUGCCAAAACCUGCGAGGAGCAAACCACUGACAGAAAGCCCCUAUAAGGUGGUCGUGGAGCAGCUGGUGGGGCUGGAGCCUCUGCAUGAGAAAACCAGUGAGGAGGAGGAGGACGAUGAAGAGAGCCAGGCGGAGCUGCAGCGCCCUCUGGAGAUCUGCCGGAAGCACAGCACCGUGGACAUCCCAGAUGGCUCUGCCUGCCCUGUGGUGCGACCGCAGCCCGGCGUGGCAGCGCUGCACGAGUACGCCGAGUGGAUCACCGAGCUGAACGACAGGCAGAGCGACGCCGACCCUCUGCUGGGUUACUGGGCUGAAGUCUGGACUCUGUGUGAGGCCCUGUGGGGCCGGCUCGGCCCCUCGGAUCAGGAGCCUGACGUCGAGCUGCUUGGCGAGUACGAGCAGCAGCUUGAGAGGAGGCGGAGCUUCUCGGCCUGGCUGUCCCGCGGCGCCUCCCGUAGGGUAGAGGAGGAGGUGGCUCUGGCGGGAAAAGGUCGCCACAUCGACGCAGUCUUCAGCUAUCUGACAGGAAACCGCAUCAGCGAGGCGUGUCGACUCGCACAGAAGGAAGGAGACCACCGCCUGUCCCUGCUGCUGUCUCAGGCCAUGGGCUCUCAGUACUGCCGGGACCUGCUGGCCAUUCAGCUCGCCGACUGGAACCGCAUGCAGACCGACUGCUACCUGCCCGAGGAGCGACUCCGCAUCUUCGCUCUGCUCGCCGGGAAACCGGUGUGGCAGUCGACCGACUCCGUGGUGAACGUUUGCUCCGAGCUGGACUGGAAGCGCUGCGUGGCCGUCCACCUCUGGUUCAUGCUGCCUCCCACCGCCUCCGUGGCCGACGCCCUCGCCAAAUACGAAGCCGCCUUUCAGGGUUUGUGUGAGGCCGGGAAGUACGCCUGUGCCCCCCUGCCUCCGUACGUGGAGGCGGAGCAGCCAGAUCUGGAGGACGAGGACGAUUCCAAACGGCCGCUGUACGACCUCUGCUUCCACCUGCUCAAACUCUACAGCGACAGACACUACAGCCUGCAGCAGCUGCUGGAGCCUCUCACCGUCACCUGGGAGCGUCUGGAUUACCGCCUCAGCUGGCACCUGUGGGGCGUCCUGCAGGCGCUGCACUACAGCCACCUGAGCUCCUCGCGGCAGGGCCUCCUCCACGCCAGCUACGCCGCCCAGCUGGAGAGCGCCGGCCUGUGGCACAUGGCCGUCUUCAUCCUGCUGCACAUCCCCGACCACACUCAGCGGGAGCGAGCUGUGAGGGAGAUGCUGGCGCUCCACUGCCCCCUGCAGGAGACGGAGGAGUCGGUCCGCAGGGAGCGCUUCCUGACCGAGGAGCUGCUGAUCCCGGAGCAGUGGAUCCACGAGGCCAAGGCCACCCGGGCCCACCGUGAUGGCGACAGGCACCAGCAGGCCCUGCACCUGUACCGGGCCAGAUACUGGAACCAGUGCCACCGGCUGCUGAUCCAGCACUUGGCCUCAGACUGCAUCAUCAACGAUAACCACGACUAUCUUCUGGAGUUCCUGGAGGGUCUGGCGGUCCCUGAGAACUGCGCCACCAUCCAGGACUGGGACACGGCAGGGAGGGUUUACCUGGACUACAUCAGAGUCAUAAAGACUCUGCAGGAGAUCCAGCAGAUGGAAAACGCCGGCUACGAGCUGGAGCGUCUCCACACCGACGUGACGUCUCUCUGCAGCAGGAUCGAGCUCCUGCCCUGCCGCACCGCUAAAGACCGCCUCGCCCAAUCAGAAAUGGCGAAGCGUGUGGCCAACAUCCUGCGCGUGGUGCUGAGCCUGCAGCAGGGCGACUCCCUCAACAUCCCCCUCGCCCAGCUGGCGCCGCACAUCAGCCGCCUGCCGAUGCCCGAGGACUACACGCUGGAGGAGCUGCGAGGCCUCACGCAGUCAUACCUGCGACAGCUCAUCGUCAGCCAAUGAGAGCGCAGAAGCUUCAGCUGCUCAAACGUCACGAAACUGAUGCCAAAAAGUAACGAGGAGUCAUGAUCCUGAAGGGAGCGGUUUGAGCUCCGACAUCUUUCAGUCUGUUUCAGCUUCAGCACGUCAGCGUUUAAAACCCCAACAGGAAGUGACUGAAGUUCAGCCCUCACAGCGUUCACCUGAUUGGCGUUUCCUGUGCUGCAGGUCACAGGUGUAUUUAAAACGUCCCCUCCAGGUUUCUGCAUGAACCUGCUGAUCGAGUCAUCAAACAUUUGGACCAUGAAACUAUUAACAGCAGCGUCAGAGAGAAGCAGCAAACCAGUGACUGAAAAAUGAUUGAAAUACUUCCUGAAUCUUCAUUAAAAGCUUUUAUUUUCUCCAAAACAAAAGGCCAGAUUAUAUCAGGUGAGCUAUGAUGAAGGGCUGAGUGAAACUUUGUCUUCAGGGGUCAGGAAAAGGUUUAGGAGCAGUUUUUAUUUUUUAGUGGUUUCCAUCCAUUUGUGUUCUCUGCACUAAAGGGUCCGGCCUGAACGCCGUGUGGCUUUGCUCAACACACUCCACCCGUAAUCUGCAACACAACAACACACUGAAGUAAGAAGGUUCCUCUGCAGGACGUUUCUCAUUAAAGUUUCCUCAGAUUUUCUUCAGGUUUAUUUUUCAUCCCCAAAUAGAGAAAAAUGUUUAUCCUUCCAUUAUUUUCCUCUCAUUAGUGUCCAAAUUAAUUCAAUCACAUUGUUUUUAAUGCAGGCAGGAAACAGGAGGCGUCGUCUGCUGCUUUAGUUUACUCACUGAUUCAUUCAGUUUACGUUCAUCAGGAUGAUUCAGUCAGUAAAACAGGUUCAGUCAGUUUAUUCAUGCAGAACUUAAACAGACUCAGAGUUAAAGCGAUGAGCAGAAACCGAACGAGAGCCGUUUGGAAUAAACAAACUCAAACCUUAAAAACUGAACCUGGAUUCACACUCAGUCACUAACACACACACACACACACACACACACAGACACACCUGACAGUGCUCUGUGUGCGACUCCAUGUAAGCCUGACUCACUUGUGUGACCUCUGACCUUACAGAGAAGUGCCGCUUUAUUGCUCAGCUCUGACGCUACGUGUUUUUCUCUCCGUGUAUUUUGGAUUAUUUUGAGUGGGUGGAAGCAGCUGUUAGCCUCUGAUCUGUCCAUAUGUUAAUAGACGAUCUGUAAUCAUAAAGCAGCCGUGAUCAGAAACGUGUAAAAUGGCUGACGGGCUAUUUUUGUAGAUUUGGUUUUGUUGGUCUGAAUGUGUCACAUUUUGUUUUGUUUUUUAAAUAAAGAGUUUCCUUCCAAAACGAGCUGCCAGCCAGAGAUUUCACUGCGUGUAAUUAUAUAAAUAUUGUAUAUUUUUGGAAAUCAAACAGGGAAUAUCAGGUCAUUUUUAUCCUUUAAUUAUUAUUAAAUUGGAUGCAAAGUCUUUGGAAGUGAAACCCUUCACUCAGAUCGGUGUUUUCUUUGUGUUGUAGAUGAACUGUCAGCUUGCCAACAAAGUAAAAAAUCAGUUUUUCUGGACUCAUGUCUGAAACACACAGAGAUACUGCUUUGUGUUAGUGAGUGUGUGUGUGCGCAUGUUUUCCUGGUGUUUGGUUGGUAUUUUUUAAUAAAGUCAAGU